AUGGCCAACCCAACGCCCUGCCGGGUCGGGCUCCGGGGAAAAUCCAAAAGAGGCGCAGUCUGCGUAGACCUCUCUGAAACAGCCAACCUGAUUAAAGCUUCACAUGAUGAUAACGGGCUUCUGCCCAGCCCAGUUAACCUAUGUAUGGGGUGGGUAUGUGAUCCCGAUUUUGAGAAAAGAUUCGAUGGUUCGAAUCGCACCAGCUUUCAGAGCAGAGAAAGAUAUUCUCGAAACCCAAUAACGUCCCCAUUGGCCCUAGCGGCGACAGAAUCUCAACAAUCUUCCCGCCUCCCUUACGGGGAUCCUAAUAAUAUGAAAGAGACGCAUCGCAAGACAUCCAUCCAUGGCUUUGUUCCGAGCGGACUUGGCGCUGGGGUGGAAAGGGGGAUGAACACGUGA